UGCCCCUCCACGUACCAGCAUGCCCUCAAAAAGAUGUUCAUCUUCAACUCGGCUUACGCGUGAGUCGAAGAAGCGGAGGUGACGAUCCAAGCAAGGAUGAGGGAGGAUUACAAGCGCGCUGGUUUGGAGAAGGUGGCAGCUUGGAACGGGAAAGGAAGGAUAGGAGACGCGUAUGUCCUGCCGAAGCACAAGGACCUCGAGAAAUGGAGACCAAUAGCGCCCACAAACAAUGAGCCCACGAAGACGGGGAGCAUGAGAAUAGCAAGGGCGCUCAACGCCCUGCUGGUGAGGCUGCCAGCUGGAGAGCAUUUCAACAUGGGGGUAACAACGCAGCUGAAGGAGAGACUCAUGGGAAUCGAGAGGGAGCGCGGCAGCAGAAGAACAGGCGCCAUGGCAAUAUUGCGGAGCUCUGAUAUCAAGGAGAUGUUCACAUCUCUCCCGCAUACGAGUAUCAUCGAGGCUGUGGAAUGGCUGCUCGGUGAAUGGGAGAAGAAGAGAAGAACUGGGGUAAGUGUGAGUAGGAGAGUGAAGGAGGUAGUUAUGAGCAAGAAAAGCAUGGGAAACGGGUACGUGAAGCUCUCAUUCCAUCUCAUAAUAAGCUACGUGAAGUAUGAGCUGGCACACACUUACACAAAGUGUGCGGGAGUACUGCUGAAACAAGAGGUAGGAAUCCCCAUGGGGAAGAAUUCCAGCCCGCCGUUAGCAUGCAUUCUCUGUGCAAAGUUCGAAAUGGAAUUCAUGAGAUCACUCGGGAAGGAUCGAGCACUGGUGCAUAGUGUCAGGUUCAUGGAUGACGUGGCGACAACAAUAUUGGUGGACAGAAGGAAAGAAGAUUCCUUCCAUAAGGCAGAGGAGAUUAUGGCGAGGUUCGAGAAAUGCUACGGAGACAAGCUCGUCCUGGUGAGGACGGAUGAGGGAGACAAUACGAUUGAUUUUAUAGGGGUGAAGGUCACGGCCGUGGCGGACCCGGUCGGCUUCUUGGUACUGCCGCAGAUGAAGAACCAGGACUGGAUAGCAGAGAAGGACCUGUCGUUUAGGAGUUUCCAAGACUAUGCCUGUUACUCAGACAAAAGGGCUAAGUAUGGGGCUAUCGUAGGCACGUUGCACAGGAUCCGGGGCAUGGCUAACUCUGGUUGUGCAAUAAUCACGCCCGUGCUGACAGUGAGGAGAGAACUCAGAUGCCGGGGCUACCCCCCGACGUUCUUUGCAUCUUCCCUGGCAAAAUUUGCCAAGGGUACCAUCGCUAACGAGGAGCCAUGGAAGGCACUCCUCGAUAGCAUGCCGUUCGGAGGGCGACGCGUCGGUUGGGUACGAAGGUCGGCGGUUGGGUGCUGCGAGGUUGCAGCCGACGCCGCAGCUACGAACACCAACAUUCAUGGAGGUCCAACUGUGACGCGACCGACAACGAGGGUUCGGGCAUCAUCGGAGGGUAGGCAAGCCAAUGUCGUAAACAACGUCAUCGCCAAGGUGUCGACGAUGCACGCCAGGAGUGACGGGGAUGGCAGUGGCAGUGGGCGCGCAGACUAUGAAAUCGUGGAAGAGGCAGCAGACGACAUGGAGGAGGAAGACGAUUAAGUCGACGUUGAGGAGCCAUGGCCUACGACAAAGAGUCAGAAGAAAACGCCGGCGAGGAAACCAAUUCCGAG